AUGUUGAGCGGAAGAACCAGAGAUUUUCCGGAGAACGGGAAGGAGGCCGGUGGACUCGGAGACGGCAACACCAAGCGCGGCCUCGAUGACUUCGACGCCGACUACGGGUGCCGAGGAGGCGACUGCUGUGACGUGUCCACCAAGCCCCAUUUUUUCUCCCUCUGUACGAAGUGUGCAAAUGAAGGCAAGGACAAGUCCCAGCACGAUCGGCGAGAACCGGUUCGGGGCCUCAUCAUUCGCAGCGAGAGCUUCAUGAACGCGUCAGAAGCGUCUCGUUGGGAAAUCGAGGCGCAGUGCAACAGCACGUGCGCGGGUGACGGCUCCGAUGGCGCUUCGGGGACCACGGCAGUCGACGGCCUUCCUGCUUCGCCGAGGCCUGACGCCCCUGUCUUCGAUCGCUCCAAGAUCGUCCACGAAGUGCUUCUUAAGGAUGGGCAGCAGAUCACCGACAUCUACGACACGCCAAAUGGAACGAGUCUGGGGAAAGGGUCGUACGGCUCUGUGGUCAAGGCGAAGGAUUUGAAGACCGGCAUCAUGCGCGCGAUCAAAGUCGUGUAUAAACCCCGGAUCGACAAUGUGACACGGCUCAAGAGAGAGAUCCUCAUCAUGAAACGUUUGGACCAUCCCAACAUUAUCAAGCUCCUCGAGGUGUACGAAGACAUGAAAAACUUGUAUCUGGUCAUGGAGCUCUGCACGGGAGGGGAACUCUUUGAGAGGAUCAUCAAGUCUGGUCACUUUUCAGAGCGUUAUGCGGCGUCGCUCAUGAAGCAGGUCUUCUCCGCGGCAUCGUACUGCCACUCCCAAAACGUGAUUCACAGAGAUCUCAAACCGGAGAACCUGCUGUACGCGGACAGCUCUCCUCUUUCUGCUCUCAAGGUGAUAGAUUGGGGAUUCGCAGCACGCUGCGGAAAAAGCCACAAAUUCAGCAGCGUGGUCGGCACGCCGUACUACGUGGCGCCGGAGGUUCUUUUUGGGAAGUACGGAAGCGAAUGCGACAUGUGGAGUGCAGGAGUCAUUCUGUACAUUCUGCUUUGCGGCUACCCCCCAUUCCACGGAAAAGACAACCAGGAGAUCUUGAAGAAAGUUCAAGUUGGCGAGUACUCGUUUGAUCCGCGUCACUGGCGGCGGGUGUCUGACCACGCCAAGGACUUGGUCAAGCGCUGUCUCACCUACGUGCCGGGGAAGCGUAUCUCGGCGGCGGAGGCACUCAAGCAUCCGUGGAUCCAGUGCUACACCGCCGGCGCCGGCAGGCCGGAACGCCCGAUUCCCGCUCGGCUUAGCGGCGACCUCAUCGAGCGGUUCAAAGCGUUUCAGCGACUGCACAAGCUGAAAAAGCUGGCAAUCACGUGUGUGGCGUAUCAGCUGAACGACGCGGAUAUCGGCAUGCUGCACGACGCUUUCGCCGCCUUGGACACGAAUGCGGAUGGAGUCCUGACCAUUGCCGAGAUUCAGCAAGGGCUGAAGCAGUGCUGCGUGGCCGGGGAGGAAAUCAACGAUAUUCUGAAGGAAAUGGACACGGACGGCAAUGGCACCAUUGACUACACCGAAUUCAUCGCGGCGUCGAUCGACCACAAGAUCUACGAGCAGGAGUCCGCUUGCCAGGCCGCCUUCAAGGUCUUUGAUCUCGAUGGCGACGGAAAGAUCACUGUGGACGAGCUCCAGAAGGUGCUGGAGACGCGCUGCGUCCAAGAAGCCUUCAGCAAAGAAGCCGUGGCAGAAAUGAUGAAAGAGGGCGACUCCAACAACGACGGAUGCAUCGACUUCGACGAAUUCAUGCGGAUGAUGCGGGGCAGGCAAAGAAAGGCGUCUGAGACAGUGUCCCCCCUUGCUCGGGCUCGGGCCCUCUUGUACCGCCGCUACGAAAAUUGA